UCUUCACAUUCGAUAGUCACUGCUUAGUUCGAUUUCUCUCUCUAUUUUUCUGUCGAUUUUGCAAGUUUUUUGCGUUUCGUAGUCUUGUCUCGUUCACCAAUCAUGGGCAAAGGCGUAAUAUCAGACGACGAAGAAGACAUUGAAGUGGACGAGGAUGAGAGGGAACCCGCUGAUGGGGAUGGAUUGGAAGAGGGUCGCGAUAGGGAUGAUGAUGACGAGGACGAAGAAGAGGAAGGGCAGGAUGAAUAUGAAAAGGAUGGAUUUAUAGUGGAUGACAUUGAGGAUGAAGAGGAGCAGGAUGAAGAGAGAGCUGAAAGUGAUGAGGAGCGGCAGAAGAAGAAAAAGAAGAAGAAAAGGGAGGAGUAUGUCCUUGAUGAAGAUGACUAUGAGUUGUUGGAGGACAAUAAUAUCAAUAUUCAUCGUCGGAAGGAGAGCAAAAAGUUCAAGCGGCUGAAAAAGGGCCAGAGGGAUACUGAGGAGUCCUCUGGGCUAUCUGAUGAGGAGGAGUUUAUUGGAAGUGGCAAAGUUGGACGAACUGCCGAGGAGAAGCUUAAACACAGUUUGUUUGGUGAUGAUGAAGGAGCUCCACUUGAAGACAUUGCUGAAGAGGAGGAGCAAGGAGAAGAGGAGGAGGAUGCUGACAUUGGAGAAGAUGAUGAAAUGGCCGACUUCAUUGUGGAUGAAGAAGAAGUUGAUGAGAAUGGAGCUCCAAUGAGGCGCAGAAAGCUGAAGAGAAAGAAAACUAGGCAGGCACCAGGUGUCUCUUCCUCAGCUUUACAAGAAGCUCAAGAAUUAUUUGGCGACGUUGAAGAGUUGCUUCAGACUCGCAAGCAAAAUAUUGGAUUGCAGGAAUAUAGAGAGACUAGACUUGAAGAUGAAUUUGAGCCUAUUGUUCUUUCUGAGAAGUAUAUGACAGAGAAGGAUGACCAGAUUAGGGAGCUUGAUCUUCCAGAGAGGAUGCAGAUAUCAGAGGAGAGUACUGGUGCUCCUCCGAUGGAUGGAAGUAGUAUAGAUGAAGAGAGUCAGUGGAUAGUUAAUCAACUUGGAAAUGGAGCGGUCCCUUGGAUUUGCAAGAAAGUCUCAAGCUCUCAAAUACCAAUUGACAAGGAUGAUAUCAUCAGAUUUUUGGAACUGCAUCAUGUGCAAAAAUAUGAUAUUCCUUUUAUUGCUAUGUAUCGGAAGGAGGAGUGCUUAAGCUUAUUGAAAGACCUAGAGCAACCUGAAGCUGGCGAUGAAAAUUGGGAUAAGAAUAACAAGACACCUACUCUAAAAUGGCACAAGGUACUUUGGGCACUUCAGGACUUGGACAGGAAGUGGUUGCUUCUUCAGAAGCGGAAGAGUGCCCUCCAAUCAUACUAUAGUAAACGAUUUGAAGAAGAAUCCCGCCGUGUUUAUGAUGAAACAAGACUAAACUUGAAUCGGCAAUUGUUUGAAUCAGUUAUGAGAUCACUAAAGGAGGCAGAAUCUGAGAGGGAGGUUGAUGAUGUUGACUCCAAGUUCAACUUGCAUUUCCCACCAAGUGAAGCUGGUGUUGAUGAAGGACAAUUCAAGAGGCCAAAAAGGAGGUCAUUGUAUAGCGAUUGCAGUAAGCAAGGUCUGUGGGAGGUUGCAAGCAAGUUCGGGUGUAGUUCUGAACAACUAGGAUUAUGUCUAUCUCUGGUUGAGCUGGUAAGUCACGAGUUGGAAGAUCCAAAGGAAACACCGGAGGAGAUGGCUUCUAACUUUACGUGUGCUAUGUAUGAUACCUCUGAAGAAGUACUUAAAUGUUCUAGGCACAUGGCAGCUGUUGAGAUAAGUUGUGAGCCUAGCAUUAGGAAACAUGUUCGUAGCCACUUUCUUGACCACGGUGUGGUGUCAACUUGUCCUACUGCUGAUGGAAAUAUAACAAUAGAUUCUUUUCAUCAGUUUGCCGGGGUGAAAUGGCUGCGGGAGAAGCCUCUGUCUAAAUUUGAGGAUGCGCAAUGGCUCCUUAUACAGAAGGCAGAAGAGGAGAAACUCAUUCAAAUUACUAUUAAGCUUCCUGAAGCAUAUCUGAAUAAGUUAAUAGACCAAUUCAAUGAGUAUUAUAUCAGUGACAGUGUUAGCAGAUCUGCUCAACUGUGGAAUGAACAGAGGAAGUUGAUACUGCAUGAUGCAAUUUUUCGAUUUCUCUUACCAUCAAUGGAAAAAGAGGCAAGAGGUGUCUUGGCAAGCAAAGCGAAGAAUUGGUUGCUUAUGGAGUAUGGGAAGGCCUUGUGGAAUAAGGUCUAUGUGGGACCUUAUCAACAGAAAGAAAAUGAUCUUAGCUCCGAUGAUGAGGCUGCUCCUAGGGUUAUGGCCUGCUGUUGGGGCCCUGGAAACCCACAAACAACUUUUGUCAUGUUAGAUUCAUCGGGAGAAGUGCUAGAUGUACUUUACACUCGGUCCCUUACUUUAAGGUCACAGAAUGUUAAUGACCAACAACGGAAGAAGAAUGACCAGGAACGUGUGUUGAAAUUUAUGACAGACCACCAACCACAUGUUGUUGUUUUAGGAGCAGUUAACUUGUCUUGCACUCGUUUGAAGGAGGAUAUAUAUGAGGUCAUUUAUAAGAUGGUGGAGGAAAACCCUAGAGAUCUUGGGCAUGAAAUGGAUGGGCUCGGCAUUGUGUAUGGAGAUGAAUCCCUUCCCCGUCUUUAUGAAAAUUCUCGAAUUUCGUCUGAACAACUUCCUUCACAGCAAGGUAUAGUGAGACGGGCUGUUGCUCUUGGUCGAUAUCUCCAGAACCCAUUGGCAAUGGUUGCAACAUUAUGUGGACCUAGAAGAGAAAUAUUAUCAUGGAAACUGAGCUCUUUGGAGAGUUUUCUCAACCCAGAUGAUAAAUUUGGGAUGGUUGAGCAGGUUAUGGUGGAUGUGACCAAUCAGAUUGGCUUAGACAUUAAUUUAGCAAUAAGUCACGAAUGGUUAUUUUCUCCAUUACAAUUUAUUUCUGGGCUUGGUCCACGGAAGGCUGCAUCCUUACAGAGAUCCUUGGUAAGAGCUGGUGCAAUUUUUACUCGAAAGGACUUUUUGAUAGAACAUAAACUUGGUAAAAAGGUGUUUCACAAUGCGGUUGGUUUCUUGCGUGUCCGGCGAAGUGGGUUGGCUGCUAGCAGCAGCCAAGUUAUUGAUUUGCUGGAUGAUACACGAAUUCAUCCAGAAUCUUAUGUUCUUGCAGAAGAGUUGGCCAAAGAUGUGUAUGAGGAAGAUGGCACAGGUGAUGCAAAUGAUGAUGACGAUGCGCUGGAGAUGGCCAUUGAGCAUGUGAGAGACCGACCUGGUUAUUUAAAAAACCUGGACGUUGAGGAGUAUGCUGCUGGGAAAGGACGUCAGAACAAAAUAGAAACUUUCUAUGAUAUAAAAAGAGAAUUGAUUCAAGGUUUUCAGGAUUGGCGUAAGAAAUAUGAAGAACCAAGUCAGGAUAAUGAAUUCUAUAUGAUUUCAGGUGAGACUGAGGAGACCCUUGCUGAGGGUAAAAUUGUCCAAGCCACAGUUCGCAGAGUGCAAGCCCAGAAAGCAAUAUGUGGACUCGAAACUGGAAUGACUGGAAUCCUCAUGAAAGAAGACUAUACGGAUGACUGGAGAGAUAUUAUUGAAUUAUCUGAUAGGUUACAUGAAGGUGACAUGCUCACUUGUAAAAUCAAGUCAAUCCAAAAGAAUAGGUAUCAAGUCUUCCUUGUUUGUAGGGAUAGUGAAAUGAGAAGUAAUCGGUUACAGAAUAAUUGUGAUCUUGAUCCCUAUUACCAUGAAGACCGGAGCUGUUUACAAAGUGAACAAGACAAAGCUCGGAAAGAAAAGGAGCUUGCAAAGAAGCAUUUCAAGCCAAGGAUGAUUGUUCAUCCACGUUUCCAGAACAUAACUGCUGAUGAAGCAAUGGAGUUCUUGUCUGACAAAGAUCCUGGAGAAAGUAUUAUCCGCCCUAGUUCACGUGGACCAUCGUAUCUUACUUUAACUCUUAAAAUUCAUGAUGGAGUAUAUGCCCACAAGGACAUAGUUGAAGGUGGGAAGGAACACAAGGACAUCACAAGCUUACUACGAAUUGGGAAGACGUUAAAAAUUGGAGAGGACACUUUUGAGGAUUUAGAUGAGGUUAUGGACCGUUAUGUUGAUCCCUUGGUGACUCACUUAAAGGCAAUGUUAAAUUAUCGCAAGUUCAGGAGGGGUACAAAGUUGGAAGUUGAUGAACUUUUGAAGUCGGAGAAAGGCGAGAAUCCCAUGCGCAUAGUCUAUAGUUUUGGCAUCGCUCAUGAUCAUCCUGGCACAUUUAUAUUAACUUAUAUAAGAAGUUCAAAUCCACACCAUGAGUACAUUGGGCUUUAUCCAAAAGGAUUCAGGUUCCGGAAAAAGAUGUUUGAGGACAUUGAUCGGCUGGUGGCUUAUUUUCAGAGGCAUAUUGAUGAUCCUCAGCAUGAUUCAGCCCCUUCCAUUAGAUCUGUAGCUGCUAUGGUACCAAUGCGAAGCCCUGCUGGUGGUGGCUCAUCAGGGGCAUCUGCGGGUAGUGGCUGGGGUGGUUCAAAUAAUGAGGGUGGCUGGAAAGGUCACUCUUAUGAUAGGGAUCGAUCUUCUACUCCUGGUUCCAGGACAGGACGGGGUGAUUACAGAAACAGUGGGAAUCGUGAUGAACAUCCUAGUGGAAUGCCUCGUCCGUAUGGUGGUGGACGUGGGCGUGGUCGAGGUUCUUAUAACAAUAGCGGUAGAGGACACAACUCCAAUAAUGAAAGGCAGGACUCUGGUUAUGGUGCCGCCAGAUGGAGUUCUGUUGCCAAGGAUGGAGAUGAUGGUUUAAGCAAUUUUCCCGGGGCUAAGGUCCAGAAUUCUCCUGGAAGGGAAGCUUUUCCUGGUGGUUGGGGUGGAAGUGGUGGAGGCAGUGGUUGGGGAAGUGGAGCUAGUACCAGUGACAAUGGUGGCUGGGGAAAUGGGAGUGCUGCUGCUGCUGGUCCCAGUGAUGCUGAACAUGGAAGCUCUGGCUGGGGAACUGGCUCCAAAAGAGCAGCUGAUAAUGGAUGGGGGUCUGGAAAUUCUGGUGGCGGCUCUGGUUGGUGAACUCACCUUGGAAAUUAGUUUAGCUUACCUGUAGGAUUUAGGUUGAUCCUGAAGUCUCUUUUUGGAAUGUAAUGGAUUUUUUGUCUGUAUUUUCCAUGAACAUGGAUAUCCCUCCCACGGUGGGAUUUGUCAUUUGUUGAGCGCCACAUUUGUACAUAAUUACAUCAGAUGGGUCACCUGGAGAAAUUAAUGCUUUGAAUUCCGAGGAAAAAAUCUUCAUUCGUCAAACAUGAAUGGUCAUAACCACUUAGCAUGAUUCCUGUGUGCCCGAGUUGAAAAGCACAUCAUCAGCAGAGGAAGAGGAAACAUUCCAUGCACGGAACGAAUAAAUAGGUGAUAAAGGAGGCAGUCUUCAUUGAGAAAUGAGGCCACAUUAUAAAUGGUAUCGAUUAGAGUAAGAAAUGAAAUCAAAAUGAUGUUCCACAGUCCUCUAUGUUCUUGUCGUCAACUUCUAAAUCAAUGUCCUGAACUCUCUGAUGGAUUUCCGGUAAGGAAGAACUGGCUUUGGAUUAUGACUUAUGGCUAAAAGCCAACGAACAGCGUACGAGUUUUUCCUUUUGGUGACUUGGGAAGAAAUGUUAUUAUGUCUAAUUUAAGUGCCAUAUCUCGCAAGGGAGUAAUAAUUAUCGAUAGAUACUCCCUACUUUAGACACUGAAUUUAACAUUAGACGUUUGAGAUUCAACAUUGAGUCGGUGAGAUUACUUUGU